ACUGCAAGAACUCCAAACUUUUCAGAAUCCGGACUAAAUCUGAACGUGACACCUGCGGAUAUAAAAGAUUCUGAAAGAAGCAACACAUUUCGACUAACUGAUAGGCACCUUCAUGGACUCCCUCCUCAAAAUCAGCAAACUACAGCUCCGGAGAUGGAAAAGGUCAGAUACGCAGCGCCGGUCUUUCAUUCGAAUCUAUUUUAAUCAGCUGUACUCUCUUCCCAGCAUCCUUCUCAUUUCAUCAUGAUUAUUCCCCAAGGUUGGGGAACUAGGUUGGUUGUGAUGGAGCGGGCGGAGGCUACGAAUGAGCGGUUUGAUUGAAGAUGAAGGGUUAGUCCAUGCCAAAAAACUCUCUUUUUUGACUGACGCACACUCUUAACCAUACUUUCUCAGUUUCUGGUUUGUGUGCUACAGGCAUAUCACAACUUCAGGCAUAGGUAAACAAGACCCACGUGAGAUUUGUUCAAGGUUUAUAGAGUAAGACACCACCUCGCGCAUUCGCACGCCAACCCGAGAGCGCAGGAAGUCACUGGCACGCGGCUCCCCACCUGCUCUCGCACCUUUUCUCAGUCAGAGAUCACAACUGCAACUCUCUAGCUGUCUCUCGUCGGCGUCACAAGCUGCUAACAGCUGUUUCUCCUCUUUUUUUGGACAUUUGUCUCUCUGUUUCUCACUAACUCCUUCCAUCGUUUUCCUCACCGUGUCACUGACACCAUCUUUAGUUUGACCCGCUUUGCCAGGAAGAGCGAGAGAGGGAGAAAUGCCAUCACCACGGCAGGGUCUUCAGCUGCCACACAAGUAGACUCACACAAGUGUUGAGAGAAGGAGAGAGCGACAGAAAGAUAGAAGAGGCCAGGAGGAGGUGAGAGGAAGUAAAGGGGAGAAGAGGAAACAAGAGGAGGCGGAGACGCACAACUGAAGAAUGUACAGCUUGGAGUCGGGCUCGGAUGCAUCCAGCCGGCACAGGCUUUAGGAGGCUGAAAUGGCCACUCCUCAAGGGUGUUGGGGUCCCUCUCUUCAACUCCUCCUCUUCUUUCAUCUGUUACUCAAUGUAGUGCCUCCCUGCCGGGGACGUCCAUUCUUCGGCCCUCCUACAGUCAACGUGGCUGUGGUGUUUAGUGGUUUGGCCCACCACAGUGAGAUCAAGGGCCGUCUAAGUCCAGAAAACUUCCUAGACAUGCCCCUGGAAGUGAACCCCAUCACCGUGCUGGUGAAUGACACUAACCCCAGGGCUUUACUCACACGUAUCUGUCAGACUAUGGCAGCAGAGAGCCUCCACGGAGUGGUGUUUGAAGAUGACGUGGACUCAGAAGCUGUGGCACAAAUCUUAGACUUUAUCUCCUCUCAGACGUCCAUCCCCAUCGUAGGCAUCAGUGGAGGUUCUGCAGUAGUCAUCCCACAUAAAGCUGAAGGCUCUACCUUUCUCCAGAUGGGAGCUUCUAUAGAGCAGCAGAUAAAUGCGAUGUUCAAAGUCAUGGAGGAGUACAACUGGGGUAACUUUGUAGUGAUUACUAGCUUGUAUCCCGGCUACGAGACCUUCGUGGACUACAUCCGCUCCUUCACAGACACCAGCUACUUCCUGUGGGAGCUGCGGGAUGUGCUGAGCUUUGAGAUGUCCGUGGGGGCCAAUGACAUCCGCUCAAGAAGACUACUACAGCAGGUGGACUCGCAGGUAUACCUAGUGUACUGUUCCCACGAGGAGGCACAGUACUUGUUCAGGAUGGCCUCUGAUGUGGGGCUUCUAGGGCCCGGAUACAUCUGGGUCAUCCCCAGUCUGGCUGUGGGGAACCCUGAAGUGUCCCCUCCUGACAGUUUCCCUGUGGGCGUCAUCAGUAUUAUCACAGACCGCUGGAGGAAAACACUGCGCCAGAGGGUUCGGGAAGGAGUCGCAGUCAUAGUAAAAGGGGUGCACAGCUUUCAUAAGAACAGAGGAUUCAUUCCCGAUGGUCACAGUGACUGCAAUAGUCCUGUCAAAUCGUACGCCAACAAUUCUCUCUUCAGGCAUAUGCUAAAUGUGUCAUGGGAGCAUAAGGACCUCUCCUUCAACACUGAUGGCUAUCUCACCAAUCCUUCCAUGGUGAUCAUUGCUUUGGAUCGAGAGAGACACUGGGACAAGGUAGGAAGCUACGAGGGAGGGAUUCUGCAGAUGCGAUACCCUGUAUGGCCCCGUUACGGCAGCUUCCUGGAGCCCGUGUCUGACAACCGGCACCUGACUGUGGCCACGCUGGAGGAGAGGCCUUUUGUCAUCGUGGAGAGUGUUGAUCCUGCCACAGGCACUUGUGUGCGUAAUACUGUGCCGUGUCGUCGACAGUCCAACAGAACUGAAAGUGUAACAGGUCAUAAUGAGCCUUACACCAAACUCUGCUGCAAAGGUUUCUGCAUAGACAUCCUAAAGAAGCUCUCACGCACCAUCAAGUUUUCAUACGACCUUUAUCUGGUCACAAAUGGGAAACAUGGCAAGAUGGUCCGUGGCAUCUGGAAUGGCAUGAUUGGAGAGGUCUUCUACAAGCGUGCAGAUAUGGCAAUUGGCUCGCUUACCAUCAAUGAAGAGCGAUCAGAGAUUGUUGACUUUUCAGUGCCGUUCGUGGAGACUGGGAUUAGUGUUAUGGUGGCCAGAAGCAAUGGAACAGUCUCACCUUCUGCCUUCCUGGAGCCUUACAGUCCAGCCGUGUGGGUUAUGAUGUUUGUAAUGUGCCUGACUGUUGUGGCAGUCACCGUGUUCGUGUUUGAGUACUUCAGCCCUGUCGGCUACAACCGGAGCCUUGUCAGUGCCAAAGCCCCUGGGGGUCCAACCUUUACCAUUGGGAAGUCUGUCUGGCUCCUGUGGGGAAUCGUCUUCAACAACUCUGUUCCUAUUGAAAACCCCAAAGGCACGACCAGCAAAAUUAUGGUCCUGGUCUGGGCUUUUUUUGCUGUCAUCUUCCUCGCCAGCUACACAGCCAAUUUAGCUGCCUUCAUGAUCCAAGAGCAGUACAUUGACACUGUGUCUGGACUUAGUGACAAAAAGUUUCAAAAACCCCAGGAACAUUAUCCUCCUUUUCGCUUUGGGACGGUCCCAAACGGCAGCACAGAGAGGAACAUUCGAAGCAAUUACCCUGACAUGCACACCCACAUGAUAAAAUACAACCAGAAGGGAGUGGAAGAAGCUCUCAACAGCCUCAAGACAGGGAAGUUGGACGCCUUCAUAUAUGAUGCAGCAGUUCUUAAUUAUAUGGCUGGCAAGGAUGAGGGGUGCAAGCUGGUCACCAUUGGUAGUGGGAAGGUGUUUGCUACCACCGGCUACGGCAUUGCUCUGCAGAAGGACUCCCGCUGGAAGCGCCCCAUAGACCUGGCUCUCCUCCAGUUCCUGGGAGAUGGGGACACACAGAGACUGGAGACAGUAUGGCUGUCUGGAAUAUGCCAGAAUGAGAAAAACGAGGUCAUGAGCUCCAAACUAGACAUAGACAACAUGGCAGGUGUUUUCUACAUGUUGCUCGUGGCCAUGGGCCUCAGCCUGCUGGUCUUUGCUUGGGAACAUUUACUUUACUGGAAACUGAGGCACUCUGUCCACAAGUCUGAUCACUUAGACUUCCUGCUGGCUAUUAGCAGGGGCAUAUACAGCUGCUUUAAUGGCGUCGAAGAUAUUGGCAGAUCUACCAGCAUACAGAAUCCAGACAUCACAGCCAAUUACGCCCAGGCCAACAUGCUGAAAAUGCUGCAGACAGCCAAGGACAUUGUCUCCUCAGCCAAAGUGGAAAACUCAUUGGAUAACGCCACCAAGACCAUUGAGAACUGGAGUCGACACAGUGGCAGCCUGCCAGCGCGUAUACCAUUGGUGACCACGACUGAAAAACUUCCUGGUCACUUCUCUUACAUCACUAAUGUCACAGAGAACCACAUACCUCACAUGCAGCGUUCCAUAACUCCACCUUUCACGCAACACACCAACAUUUCUAGCCCACCACCAAUGGUAAACCAGAGAGUCUUAACGCGGCCCACUCCACUUCGCUACACGCUUCCUGCCAGGACUAGGGGUCUCUAUGACGGUAUGCUUCCUGUGUCCAGUCUGAGCACACCUCAUCUAGCCAUGCAUGAUCCUCCAUCCAACCUGGCCCAUCCUGGUUCUUCCUUUGUCCCGUAUAGAGACAUCUACUCCGAACACCACAAGCCUUGUCACAGCGAUUUUUCAGAUGCGGUCAGGCGGAAAAAGAGACCCCAGAAUCUCUUGGUAGAGUCCAUGGAUCUGAGGGGGCUUCAUGAUUAUAAAAACCAAUCAACAUGUCAUAACGAAGCAAACAGUUUUGCUGAAAACCACCUGACUUCAUCCUUCAGGGAAAAUCCUUUUGGAGCCGCAGACACAGCUUGUAAUACCUGCGUCAAAACAUACUUCGACCCCACAUUUGAUGACAUACCUCUGAUAGGGAAAAGGAAGCUUCAUCGUAGACCUUCAUUCCUGAAAGCCACUUGGGGUCCCGACAGAGUUCGGUUCCCAGGUGACAGACCCACUGCCACAGCUUCCCCACAAGUAACUAUACCCGACCUGUUCCCUUGCGUGGACGUACAUGGACGGGUGAGGAACACCCUGUGUUACACCCAACCAAUGGAUCACAACUACCUUCACGCCUUCCGGCGAAACCCCAGGAAAAGUCAGAAGCUCAGACACAGCCAGUCCACAAGGCUUCCCUCCUACAAAGAAGCGAUUUUCCACAACGUGGCAGCUGUCAGAAGGGCAUCCAGUUUGGUACAUAGACCCUACUCCUACCCAGAGCUGCCAGUCUACCAGAGCCCACUGUCAUAUGGACCUGCUGAAUUAUGCAACAUCUUCCCAUGCAUGGGACAUCCCAGUGACAGUGUAUAUGGAGGGUAUAGGGCACCCACACACCAACAGAAUGACCAUCUAGUGCCUGUUCCAGGCAGCAGGGUGGUUCAUAGCAGUCCUGUUGUGCCCAUGACAUGGGGCAGAAUUUCCAGUCUGGAAUCAGAGGUUUGAACUUCUUCCAUGUGCCAAUUAGAAACUAUUUGGCCUACGAGCUUCUACUGACCAAUAAAAUGACUUCGCCUUUAACUUGAGCAGAAACACAAACCAUGUUACUGGUUUCCGUUUUUCUUUCUUUUUUUAAAUUUAUUUAAGAUUUAAUUUUUUAAAGUGCAAUAAUGUAAUAACUGAAGAACGUAUUUGAGGAAAUAGACAAAUCCAUUCUAAAUUUUGAAUGGAUGAAUGAAUGGACAUGUAGAACUGUAAAUGAUUAGCCGUUCUUAUCUCCUUAGUCCACAAAAUACAACAUAUUGCUACCGUACUGACUGGAUGAAAUAUUUUUUUCUUCAAAGAUUGUAGGAGAGAUACUAAACUAUAUGAAGUGUUCAUUUUGAAGUACAUUUGGUAUUAUACACUAUGUAAUUCUCUAUGAUACUGAAUUUUGUAAACACUUUAGACAUAGUGUCCGAUAUUUUUUAUUUUAACAGCAGGGCUAUAUAAGUGGAUUUUUCAGGCUCUAACGUUCCCUUUCUGUCUCUCGUUCAAUGUCCAAUCUCCUCUCGCUCUCUCUCUCUCUGCUGUGAGCGGGCUUUUGAAGAAGAGCAAAUUGAAUGGUACUCUAAUAUUAGCAUCAUCAAGGAUCUUCACACUUUAAUAAAUCACAAAGGACCAUCAGUUAGUCCUUUGUAACUGCUGUCUUCUUUAGAUGGCUGACGGAUAUAACUCUUUGAACACUGCCUUUUAUAUGCAGAGCCAUGGCGUAUUUUUAACAGGGAUUGGCUGUUUGCAGUUGUGACACGACGGAAAGACACAUUACUUUAAUAAUAUCCGCACACAAAAAAAGUCUGCUGCCUGUCACCCAUAAGAUCAGGUUUAGGGCAGUUUCGCUGUUGGCGAUGGACCACUGCUAUCAAGUCUGUUUGACCUGCAUACUGAACCUCACAUACCCACGAGGAAAUCUGUCUGUGCCUCAAAAUAAACUUGCAAUGCUCCAGAGUGUGAAAGAGCGAGAGAAGGAUGGCGCAACGGAUGGAAAAGAAGAGAAACAACAAGGAAAUGAGAAACCACACUUCCUUCAGUUGGGAUUUAAGCUACAAUAUCUGAAUGUUUAUGAGCUCAUGAGGCUCAUUUGAGGUUGUCAUAAGAGUCUCAUUAAAGCAACUCUGUGGAGUGAUUAUACAGGAGGACAUGUUACCAAAAAGUGUCCUUUACUCUAGGAUUUCAUUAUGUCGGCUGUCUCCACCGCACGGCAUUCUCGCGACGCACAAGGUGACCUAGGCUGGGGUAAUUAUGCUGUAAGGCUUUUGUUAUCUCCUGAUAAGGAGCCUUCUUUUCGAGCAGCGAGUCGCGAGCAGCGAUUGAGAAUCUAAACAUCGAGAAACUUUACAUUUUUUCAUCACAAGCUUUUCUUUUGUUAUUGCCGUAUUACAGUUCACAGUGCGGCAACAGUGAUUCAAUCUUCAAUACUGCCAGCAUGCACAGAUAGAUUUAUGUACAGCAGGAUAAUUGUACUUCUUUCAUGAUGUUUCUGCCAGUUCUGUGACAUCAUAAAAGAGGCCUGCUGCAGAACGACACACGUUUCAUUUAAAAAAAAAAAAAAAAAAAAAGAGAGGCGGGCUUAAGCCAUCAUCAUCAUCAUCCAAGCAAAGUCUUAUUUCUCUGUGUUCCUGAAAAGCACAUUAUUGAAUGAUCUUGCAAGUUGAUGAAUGAUUCAACACAUGCAUAUAAAAACAUCAAGGGAGGCUAGGGGUCGUCCUCUGGUUGAAAUAAGCAGCAAUAUAUCAACGCCACAGGUAGCUGUGGUGAAAAAUGAAAUGCAUUUAAGAGUCAAGGGGGCCUGGUCUCAUCCAGCCAUGAAAAAGAUGGAAUGGAAUGACUAGGCGGACGUGUGUUUUCGAAACAUUAAUAAUUCACAUGUUCAUUUGAAUGUGUUUGAUCAUUUUAAGGAUUUGUUUGCCAUUAAGCCCCCUUGGAAUCAUCCAUAGCAUCUAUUUCUACUCAAGUAAUAAUAAGAGUGGUAUUUUUAUGAUUUUAUUGUAGACACUACACUGAAUAAGAAAUAACUGAAAAUUUUUCAGAUACUGCUAGUAAAUUUUACAAAUAUUUACCAAGUAACAAAUUAAAGAAAUAGUUCACCUAAAAUGAAAAUAUGCUGAAACUUUACUUACCCUCAGGUCAUCUGAGAUGAUUGAUACUUGAUGUUUCUUCAUUGAAACAGAUUUGGAGAAAUUUGGCAUGAAAUCAUUUGGAUCCUCUGCAGUGAAUGGGUGCCAUCAGAAUAAGAAUAUAAACAGUUGAUUAAAAAACAUCAAAAUAAUCUACUAAUAAUCAACACAUCUCCCGUCCAAGUGAAAAGCUGAAUUUUUGCAAAAAAAUUUUUUAGACAUUUUUAAUGUUAAACCAUUGCUACUGGCUCAAAUGUGUCCUCUAUCCAUAAUAUUGCUUUCACCAGUGAAACAAAUAAAUACAAAUCUAUCCCCUGUUGUGCUCUCACAACAAAAUCCUAUGACAUAUUUGUUUAGAUCUGUUUUCCUUGUAAAUGGUCGUUGAUCUUUGCAUAUUCCUCUCCUGAUUCAGACGAGAUGACUCAUAUUUGAAUCUAAAGUAACAGUAAGUUAAAAAUGUCUUAAUCGUGCAUUUGUUUAUUGAAAAUAUGCAGCUUUUUGCUUAACAAGACUGGAGAAGAAUAUUGAUAACUUGUGGAUUAUUGUGAUGUUUUUAUCUGCUGUGUGGACUCUUAUUCUGACGGCACCCAUUCACUGCAGUGGAUCUAUUGGUGAGCAAGUGAUGUACAGUAAUGCUUACCAUGAUGUAAUUAGAUUUUUUUUUUCCUUGGGUGAACUAUUUCUUAAAAAUGUGAUAUUUUGAAGUAGAUAAACUGAAAUAGUAUUUUCCCGACCCCCAAUAAUCUGUAUUUAUAACUAUUUACAGUAUAUUAUCACAGUGGCAUUAUUGAAAGAAAAAGGAAAAGACUGUACAGAAGGGGAAAAGAAAAUGCACACAUUUACAGACACACUCACAAUAAAACAAUUACUCACACCUGCACUGUCACGCCUUCAUAUCAUUGCAUUUCUCUGAAGCAUCAUUUCAGGGUUGCAAAUUGUCCCAGAUGCUGCUGGUCACCUUGAGCCAAGGGCUUCACAGCCUGGCGGGAGAGGGAGAAAGGCGAUGAAGAAAGACACCACAGAGAGGCUGGCAGUCUGAAAUUCCAUCAAUUAACAACUGAACAGGCUAAUAAACACGUAUCUUAACUCGCUGCCUGCCUGCAAACAACAAUGACUAACUGAAAAUGUAUAUCCGUUGUUAUACUCUGUAUUCUGUUGCAAGCCUAUCAGUGCGGUACUGAAUGAAAGGUGUAAGUUAAUGUAAGUCGACACAAUCACAAGUACAUUGUCUGCACUGAGCAUAUCCAAAUCAAAUGAGGUGAUUUUAUCAAGUUGCUAGCACAAUGUUAAUUAACCUAUGAGUAUUACGUGUACUAUACUGUUCUGUCUGUUUUAUCGCAUCGAAGAGUAGCAGUGAUAUCAGGAAUCCAGGGUCUGUCCUAAUCUAUCAAAUCUAUAAUUGAAGAGCUGUAACUAAACGUUGCACAUUAAAGAUAAUUAAUCCAAAAA